GGCUAUUACAAAAGGACCUUGGAUUAUCCCCUGAUUCGGGAAUGGAAGAGGACAGGCUGUUUUGCUGUCCCGAUGAUUCAUUCCACGUUCCUCAUUGACUUGAGGAAAGAGGCCUCCACCAAGCUGAUGUUUUACCCCCCGCACCAGGAUUACACCUGGAGCUUUGAUGAUAUCAUGGUCUUUGCCUUCUCCAGUCGCCAAGCAGGAAUACAGAUGUUCAUCUGCAACCACGAACACUAUGGAUUCCUUCCCAUGCCCCUGAAAUCACACCAAACACUGCAAGAAGAAACUGAGAACUUUGUGCACACGCUGAUCGAGGCUAUGAUCGAUCGUCCUCCCAUUGAACCCUCUCAGUAUGUCUCCGUUCCUCCAAAGCACCCUGACAAGAUGGGAUUUGAUGAAAUUUUCAUGAUCAAUCUGAAGCGUCGGAAAGACAGGCGGGAUCGGAUGCUGCGGACUCUCUACGAGCAGGAGAUUGCAGUGAAGAUAGUGGAGGCUGUGGAUGGAAAAGCACUGAACACAAGUCAGCUGAAAGCUCUCAGCAUCGAUAUGCUCCCGGGUUACCGGGACCCGUACUCCUCCAGGCCACUAACCAGGGGAGAGAUCGGCUGCUUCCUUAGUCACUAUUACAUCUGGAAGGAGGUGGUGAACAGAGAACUGGAGAAGACGCUUGUUAUUGAGGACGAUGUGCGCUUUGAACACCAGUUUAAAAGGAAGCUCGUGAAGCUGAUGGAUGACAUUGAACAAGCCCAGCUAGACUGGGAGCUUGUCUACAUUGGCCGGAAAAGGAUGCAGGUGCAGGAGCCUGAGAAAGCAGUUCCCAAUGUCAUGAACCUGGUGGAAGCCGAUUACUCGUACUGGACCCUGGGCUACGCAAUCUCUUUCCAAGGGGCUCAGAAACUCAUCGGAGCUGAACCUUUCAGCAAGAUGCUGCCUGUAGAUGAAUUUCUGCCAGUCAUGUACAACAAGCACCCUGUAGCGAAGUACAUGGAGUACUACGAGUCCAGAGACUUGAAAGCCUUUUCAGCAGAACCCCUCCUUGUUUACCCCACCCACUACACGGGGCAGCCAGGCUACCUCAGCGACACAGAGACCUCUACCAUCUGGGACAACGAGACCGUGUCAACGGACUGGGACAGAACGCACUCCUGGAAAUCCCGGCAGCAGGGCAAGAUCCAUAGCGAUGCCCAGAACAAGGAUGCCCUGCCUUCCCAGUCGUCUCUCAACACGCCAUCCUCCAGGGAUGAGCUAUGACUGCCCGCUCCCCCCAGGACAGCUGAACCUGCCUCACACUUUAGCUUCUCACCCUUGAAAGUUGUAGAGCAG